AUGAGUGUGUUAUGCUUAAAGAGUAUCAGUGAUGAUGAUGAUUUUGAGAUAAUAGAUUACGAAUAGAAUUGGAAAACCUGUAGCAUAUUAAUAAAGAAUUCUGCAAAUUUAAUUUUAUGGCAAAAACAAUUCGAAUACUUAAAUCAUUUCUCUUUUCAAUAAAAAUUCGAAUUUGGCACUUAAAAAUAGGACAUUGAUUUGCCAAUAAGGGGAAAAUAAUAAAAAGCAGAACUAAUUGUGUAGGAUAAUAAAAUAUUCUUGAAAAACAAAGAUUAAUUGCCUCUUAUAUAUCAGUUAAUGCAAGGAUAAAUGAUCUAAAUUGAAAAAGUAAUAAGAAUUAACUAAUACUCUGUGAAUUUUGAUAAGGAAAGAUAAAUUAUACAACUUUCGAAUGGUUUAAAAAAAAGUGAACCAAUCUAACUGACUUAAAGUAAACAAACCUUGAUGAUGAAUGGAAUUUGCCUAGGUGUCGUGCAUUAAGGUUCAGAUGGAGAAGUGCAUUAUCAAGCAAACUCAAUGCAAUCGUAUUGUUAAAUACAGUAGAAUGAAGAAGUAGAACUUCAAAACUCAUAAAUUUUUCAACUUGGAAACAAUGAGUUCUACAUCCAAUACUAAUUCAAUUGA